UGUGUUAGAUCCGUCGCCGUCGCUGUGCUUCCUGGUUGUUGAAUGCUAGCCGUGGUUCAACGCUACGCCGAACUGCGAUUUACCAAACAUGGCUGGCCAGGAAGACCCGGUGCAAAGAGAGAUUCACCAAGAUUGGGCGAAUCGAGAGUAUAUUGAAGUAAUUACAAGCAGCAUUAAAAAAAUCGCUGACUUCCUUAACUCGUUUGAUAUGUCAUGUCGGUCCCGCUUGGCUACCCUAAAUGAGAAGCUAACAGCGUUGGAAAGGAGAAUUGAAUAUAUUGAGGCAAGAGUAACAAAGGGAGAGACCUUGACCUAGAACCCACCAUGGAAUAAUCAUAGCACCAUGGAACCACUUGCCCAUUUCCCACCCUGAAGUUUUGGAAUAAGUGUGAUGGAUUCCACCCUCCUUUUUGGGACUAUGUGGACCAUUUUUAUAUUAAACAACGGCGUUUUGUGUUAUUUUAUGCCAUGAUUCAUUUGUAUAGAAUAUAUGGGUCUGUUUUGUGUGUCUGCCUGAAGAAUCAUAAAUGUACAAGGCAAAAAAAGUUCUUCAAUUAUUGGUUACAAUUAAUAUUGUGCAUUUCAAUAACAAAGUGGUUAACAUUACAACCUUGUCUGCAUUGUGAUCAACACAUCAGUGGUUAUGAAAGGGGAACAUUCCCAUGUGCCAAGUUAAAUGAGUAAUUGUGUAGUCAUCUUUAUUAUGGACCUCCUUGUACAGUGAACUGUUUGGUGAUGUGACAGGAUUUAAAUACUGUAAUAAAUGAUAACAAACUAAA